AGCCUUCGGGCUCGAGCUCGGUCACUUCACUUCCAUCUGCGCCUGUCGACCUCCAGCGCCCCGACCUCGAUCAACGAGGACAACAUGCAUUGAGGGCCCCGGCCCCCCCCGCGCAGGCCCUCGAGGGCCCCGCCUCCGGCGGAACCGCGCGCUCGCCUCGCGUCGCCUCGCCUUCCCCCGGUGGGGCCCAGCGGCUGGCGAUGCAUUGGCUAGGGCCCUUCAUCGUGGCCUUCGUGUCUGCGCCGUGCCUCGCCAACGGGGGGGGCUUGGCCCAGGGGCCGGCGACGAGCCCUGGCGCACCGCGGCCAGCAGGAAGCGGCGCUGGACCAGCGCCAGGCGACCUCGGGUCAGCAGCGCUGGCGCAGCCGAACGGCAGCAGCGUGCCAGCAACCCCGUCGGGCGUCGGGGCUGCAGGAGCUGGCCCGGAGCUCCCGGCAGGCUCGGGGAUGAUGUCCCGCGUCGAGGAGGAGACGAGGGAGCACCUCGGGACGAGCGCGGCGGCGGCGGCUUUCAGCAGGCAGGUCAGCCACGUGUCCUCGGCGCGGGGGCGGGCGGGCGACCACCACAAGCCCGACAGCAUCAUGGACGACGACGAAGACCUCUCCGAUGACCAGGAGAGGAGCCACCGCGUGGACCACAGGAAAAGGUCUGUCGCAGGGCACGCCAGCGGCGGAACGGCCCGCGCCCAGGCCCACUCGGACAGCGCUGUGCUCGCUGUCGUGCUGAGGACCGUGUGCCUCCUGGCUGCGCUGAUGGCGUGCUUCGGCCUGGCGGUCGCGGCGACGGCCCGCGGCUGCAGCUGGGCCGCCUCCGCCGCCCUGCGCGACCCCGCCGGAGCGGCGCUCCUCGCCGCAGGUGCCGCGCGAGGGUGCGAGCCCGCAGAGCAGGUCGGUGGGUGCAGGGCUGUGCAAGCGAGGUGCCGGCCCUGGCGGGGCUCCGCCUGGGCCCCGCAGCGGGGCCGGCGCCCUGGUGACUCGGCCUGGCCUGGCCAGGGAAGCGUGUGCACCGGCCUUGGGCCUGGCAUGCGAGGCUUAAGACCGAGGCGAGGUCUAGGAUCGAGGUCGGCUCGGGGAGGGUAACCCCCGAAGGUUCUCCUCCGUGCCCGUGGUAGUUCCUCUGGUGCAUCCUCUUGGGGAGGGCACCCGCGAGGGAUCUUCUGCCCUGGGCUGUCUCGGCCGGCGGAGGGCCCCCGGCUGUCCGGCCGGCGGAGGAGGAGGAGGAGGAGCACUUCUCGGAAGCCCUGGCGCCUCCCGAGAAGUCUCCUGUGCCCUCGGGGAAGGCUCAGAAAGCCACGGAGCAGGCCAAGGGACUUCGGGCCCUCUGAGCAUGGAGAGUAGGAGAUCGACCACGGGAUUGCUCUGCCCCCAGAUUCGAACUGUCGCCGAACCGGCGGAAACUGC